AUGUUCAAGAAGAAGCCCACGGUGAAAUCUCUCUCACCCCUGCGGUCCUCCGACCGUAGGAAGCUCGCAGAUCAGGUCAUCAAGGACUACAGCCUCGACUCCAAGCUCGUGGCAACCACGGACGAGCAAAAACCAGAGCAAAAGGCGGAAGCGCUCGCCGUGCAGACCAAUCUCCGAAAAUCUCUGUUCCCCGACAACCUCCAGUCUGCCCGCUUCACCACCACCUACGGCCCCGAUCUGAAGCCGACCUCCGGCACCUACUACGUCGGCAGCCACGAUGGCGAGGAGCCCCGCGUUCUGUGGUUCCAGAUGGAAGGCGUCGUCUACCCCACGGUGUACACUCUCUGGGCCAAUCCCGAUAUCGUCCCGCUUCUCCACACCCCGGGCAUCGUCGUGAAAAAGCUUCAGGGGGGCGCCGAUCUGAUGACUCCCGGCUUGUUCGGCGGGCCGCCGUUCCCCGAGAAGGCGAAGAAGGGUGCCGUCGUCGCCAUCGCGAGCUUGGAGAACCCGUCGGUGCCCGUUGCGGUGGGAGCGUGUGAGAUCGACGUCAGCGCGCUGCAGAACGUGCGGGGUGCGAAGGGCCAUGCUGUCAAGAAUUUGCACUGGGCCGGCGACGAGAUGUGGGGGUUCAGCACCGACAACAAGCCGGGCAGGAAGGCUCCGGAGGAGAUUGCGGGAUGGUUGAAGGUCCUGGAGGCGCGUGGACUGGUUGAGAGCUUGAGCGGGCUGUCGCUGGAUGACCCAGAUGAGGAUGGAGGGGUUUCUCUUGGAGACGACACUACCCCCAAAGACGCCGGACCAGCAGCACCCGAAGACGAUAUCCCCGACUUCACACAGCCCGAGAUCGAUGAGGCGUUCCGCAAGUCAUUCCUUUUCGGCAUCCACCAACACAAGUCUUCAAACUCACCACCCAACUACGGCCUCGUCUUCCCACUGUCCCAGUCUUAUGUCAUGUCGACCCUCAUUCAGCCCUUUUUGCCGGCGCAUACACCACAGCAAGCACAGCAACUGCAAAUCAAGAAGACAUCGUGGAAGAACAUCAAGAAAUUCAUCAAGAGUCUCGAUAAAGAGGGGCUUCUGAAGAGCAAAGAGAAAGGGCAGGAGACGGUUGUUACGGAAGUCAAGUUCGAGAACCCCGCGAUUGUUGAUUUCAAACCGUAUCGCCUACCCAAGAAGGAGACGGCUGGCGGCACAUCACUUGGUCGCGGCGAGACUGCCACGAGCAAGGUCGAUGUUGGUGACGACGCGGUGGGACAGAAGCUGAAGAUUGUUUCGUACUUUAAGCCCACAUCCAAACUUCAACCCAUCUUCGACUCGGCCUCAAAGUCGCUGUUCACUCAGUCAGAAGUGCGCGAUGCCGUGACUACCUACAUCGAAGGCGAGAACUUGGUGUCUGAGACGAACAAGCGAAUCGUCAAGCUCAACCCGAUACUCGCUAAUGGCGUGUUCACUGGCUCUGGAGCAGCUGACAAGGACGCCCUCGCCAAGGGCACUGUCGCCCGAGAUGCUCUCAUCGACAGGGUCUUGAGCGGGAUGGCCACAUCAUACGCGAUCGUCCAGAACGGGACAGACCCAAGCAGCGUCAAGGCCAGAAGCGGGUCGCCCCCAAAGAUCCACAUUACCCUCGAGACAAGGAGCGGCAACAAGACUGUCACUAAAGUGUCCGGGCUGGAACCAUACCACAUCAGCCCGAAGCCGCUGGCUGACGAGUUGAGAAAGGUCUGCGCUGGGUCUACAAGCGUUGAGCCGCUGGCUGGUGCGGCGAAGAAGACUGAGGCACAGGUCAUGGAGAUCAUGGUACAGGGGCCGCAACAGGCCGCAGUGGUCAAGGCGCUAGAGAAGAGAGGUGUUGAGAAGAGGUGGAUGGACCUGGUGGAUAAGACUAAGGGAAAGAAGCGGUAG